AUGAUGGCUGAUAAAAACCAGCAAAGUGUUCCGAAUGGAAUGCCUCCGUUCCCUGGAGCUAAUUUAAUUUCACCAAAUAGUCAAGUAGAACCUAUACAAUCAUCUGUAAAUAAUAGUCCUAUAUCAACUUUGCAACAGAAAAGUGUUACAUCAGUUGCCAACGGCCAAAUUUUUCAAAAUGUUAAAAGGUCGAAUACAAUUACAAGUAGUGCCAGUAAUUAUCAAUUUCAUCAGUCCCCCUCAAUAUUUCCAACAACAAGACAACAAACACCAUUGUUAUCAUCUAAACCUAGUUUGCCUGGUAAUCCUCUAGUAGAACCAAAUCAAAAUAUUUCUUCUAAUCCUAAUCAAAUGAAUUCGUCAAAUGUUUCCGGAACUCAGUGGAAAAAUAUUCCUCAUUCUGCUGGUGCUUCGAUGCCAUCCAAUUUGCAAUCCAACAGACAAAAUAUUAUAAAACCCACUCCUAUAAUUCCUAAUAAAUUAAAUAAUUCAAAUUCUAAUAUAAAUAAUUUAUCUAUGCAACCUCCUAGCAGCAACGAUGCAGUUUCUCAAAAUGAACAAAUGGCUAAGGUAAAUUCUACUGGUUUUCAGUAUUCAAAUAAAUCAAUCCCUGGUCCUGGUGGUCCUGGCCCCAAUCCCAUUCCUCGUUUAUUGUCUCAGCCUCAAACCAUUAAUAAACCAUUAGGUGGGCCACCAAUCACAACCACUCCUCACAGUGGUUUUGUAUUGAAACCAUCACCUUAUGACAAACCUAAUAUUCCCAAUAUGAAUAGUUCUCUCUAUGGUACACCUACUUCACAAAAAGUAAAUCUUUUACAACAGCCCCCUCAUCAAAAUUUAUCAAGUUCAGAGCCCAAUAUUCCUCAACAGUUUCCUCCACCCGUCUCCGAAUCGUCAUCAUCAUCAUCAUCAUCACAACCUAUGAGUUUAACUGGACCGCCUCUAGGAUAUUUACCACAGCAAACAGUUGGAAGUCAGCAAUAUCCUUUGAAAACUACUGCUCCAAACACACUGAAUAGUGGGGAUAGGCAUUCUUUGCAUGGUUACCCAAAGCCAGAUCAAGGACCGAGGAUGUAUCAAAAUCAAUUUUCGGGUCAAAUGGGACCAUUACCACCUCCACCCUUACCGGGUGAAAUUCCGCCAUCAAAAAACGCACACAACAUGCAAAAUUCAUAUAAUCGAAUGCCUUCGAACGCUGUUGCAAACAAUAUGAAACAUUUAGGUAUGCAUGCAUUAGGGCAAGGAAUGGAAAGGAUGUCUGUAACUCAGCACGGAUACAAUAAAUUAUGGGGUACUGAAACUGUUGAUUUGCUUCAAUGCAGAAACAUCUUGCCUCCUCAAAAAGUUACACCACCACCGAUUAGAUUACAUCAAGAGUUCAUGGAUAGUGUCAAUUGCAGUUCUGAAAUAUUUUGCUGCACUUUAAAUAAAAUACCUGAAACCAAUAGUUUAUUACAAAAAUCGAGACUGCCCUUAGGAAUAUUGAUUCAUCCAUUUAGAGAUUUAAGUCAGUUGGCCGUUAUUCAAUGUUCUUCUAUAGUCAGGUGUAGAGCUUGCAGAACGUAUAUUAAUCCGUUUGUUUAUUUCGUCGACAAUAAACGUUGGAAAUGUAAUUUGUGCUUUCGCGUUAAUGAAUUACCGGACGAAUUUCAAUUCGAUCCUGUAUCGAAAACCUACGGUGAUCCAUCCAGACGACCUGAAAUUAGGAGUUCAACCAUAGAAUUUAUCGCUCCUUCAGAGUACAUGUUGAGACCUCCUCAACCUGCUAUUUAUUUGUUUUUAUUGGACGUUUCACGUUGGGGUUGCGAUUCCGGUUAUUUGGAAACGCUGUGUUCUGUCCUCUUAGAAGAAUUAGACAAUAUACCCGGAGAUUCCAGAACUCAAAUCGGUUUCAUACUUUUCGAUUCGACCAUACAUUUUUUUUCAAUUGCAGAAAAUUACAAUCAAGCUCACGAAAUGGUCGUGUCGGAUAUCGAUGAUGUUUUUCUGCCGACUCCGGAUAGUCUUUUAGUUAAUUUAAAUGAAAAUAGACAGCUUAUAAAAGAUUUAUUACACGAGCUACCUAAAAAAUAUGCGGAAUCUUUCGAUACGAAUUCUGCAUUAGGACCAGCACUACAAGCGGCUUAUAAAUUAAUGUCUCCCACGGGUGGAAGGAUAACGGUUUUUCAAAGUUGUUUGCCCAACAAAGGACCGGGAGCGUUGAGUCCUCGAGAGGAUCCAAAUAAUAGAUCGUCGAAAGAUGUUAGAAAUUUAGGACCUCAAACUGAUUUUUAUAAAAGAUUAUCAUUGGAUUGUUCAACGCAACAAAUAUCCGUAGAUAUAUUUUUAGUGAGUUCGCAAUAUUCGGAUUUAGCAACUUUAGGUGGAAUUUCACAGUUUUCCGGUGGUUGUAUUUAUCAUUUCCCAUUAUUUAGAAGAAUAAAUCCUUUGAGCAACGAAAGAUUAGUACGAGCUCUCAGACGAUAUUUAACGAGGAAAAUCGGUUUCGAAGCCGUUAUGAGAGUUCGAUGUUCGAGGGGUUUAUCAAUUCACACGUUUCACGGGAAUUUUUUCGUUCGAAGUACGGAUUUAUUGAGUUUACCAAACGUUAAUCCGGAUGCCGGAUUCGGUAUGCAAAUAGCCAUCGAAGACAGUUUGUUCGAAUUGCAGUGCGUUUGUUUUCAAGCAGCCGUACUUUACACUUCGGCCAAAGGGGAACGAAGAAUCAGAGUGCAUACGUUAUGCCUACCCGUGUCAUCAAAUCUAACGGAUAUAAUGACGUCAGCGGAUCAACAAGCCAUCGUUGGACUUUUGUCGAAAAUGGCCGUGGAUAGAUCGUUAAAGUCAAAUUUGUCAGAUGCGAGAGAAGCAUUUAUCAAUGCGGCCAUCGACAUUUUAUCGGCGUAUAAAUUAGUCGAAACAUCCGGUAGUCAAAAUACAAUAUUGGCUCCCGUUAAUCUUUCUUUGAUACCCUUAUACAUAUUAGCUUUGUUAAAAUCGACUGCUUUUAAAACUGGUCAAAAUACAAGAUUAGAUGACAGGGUUUAUGCGAUGUCACAAUUGAAGACGUUGCCUCUUAGAGAAUUAAUUCAAUCGGUACAUCCGGAUUUGUAUCACGUGACACAUUUAGACGAUCAAACUGGUGUCGAAUUCGAAGAGAAAUUAGUUGCACAACCUGCGAGGUUAACACUUUCCAGCGAACAUUUGGAUUCGAGAGGUGCUUUCCUGUUGGACACUCCGGAAGUCAUUUAUUUAUUAAUCGGGAAAAACAUAAGUCAAGAUUUCCUGGUUAAUAUAUUCGACGUUCGAGACGUUAGGCAAAUCAAUAAAGAUGCGGUCGAUUUACCAGAGUUGGAAAACGAUGCGAGUGAAAAACUACGGCAUUUUAUAAAUUUUUUACAAGCGGAAAAACCCUGGCCGGCCGUCGUUAAAAUAGAAACCGAACCAAAUUCUAUAGCGCCAUUUUUCAUAAACGAUAAAUCGGAAAAUGCACUUUCAUAUUACGAAUUACUUCAUCACGUUAAAGCUCAGUUAAAGUGA